AGAGCGAGAGAGGCUGGCUCUCAGACUUCUCAUCUCCAUACAGUCAGAGUGAACUGCGGGGGCAGACGGAGCGGGUUGCUGCAGUCCUCGACAGCGGAAAGAGCCGCAAAUAAGGAUUUUUUUAUCGAGCUGUAUCGACCCACAACUCCUGCUUUUGUUUCAUUUUCACCCACUUCUCUUUGGAAUCCAACAAACGGAACUUUUCUCUCGUGUGGAGUUUGGAGAGCCGGGGUUUCUCCGGAUAUGGACAGUCUGCGCCCCGCUGCAGGGAGCGACUGGCCGGUGUUCACUCUGUAGGCUCGGAAUAAAACUGUAAUCUGGGACUUUUUCUUACUGGAUGUUUGAUGAAGCGCUUCGCCUUUUCGUUUACUUCAGGGACGCCGUGGAUUUACCAGGUUCAGGAACGGAUAGAUACUACUCGUGAUUCCCGGUCGACGCCAAGAAGGAUUUACGCUUCUAAAGUUGCAGGAAAAACAUGGAGACUGUAAGUCGGCAGAGCUUCCAGCCUCAUCCGGGACUGCAACAAACUCUGAAGCAGUUUCAACACAGCUCUAUGAGCUCUCUGGGCGGACCGGCGGCUUUCUCUGCCCGGUGGCAACAUGAGCUCCUCUUCAAGAAGGACGGGAAGGAGCCCGAGCCGGUGCUGCAGCAUUUGCCGCCGCCGGUGAUGCCCGGCCCGCUCUUCAUCCCGUCGGACCGAUCCACGGAGAGGUGCGAGACGGUGCUGGAAGCCGAGACCAUCUCGUGCUUCGUGGUCGGCGGGGAGAAGCGCCUGUGCCUGCCGCAGAUCCUCAACACGGUGCUGCGGGACUUCAGCCUGCAGCAGAUCAACUCCGUGUGCGACGAGCUGCACAUCUACUGCUCCCGGUGCACGGCGGACCAGCUGGAGAUCCUAAAAGUCAUGGGGAUCCUGCCCUUCUCCGCGCCGUCCUGCGGCCUCAUCACCAAGACGGACGCGGAGCGGCUCUGCAACGCCCUGAUCUACGGAGGCGCCUACCCGCCGCGCUGCAAGAAGGAGCUGAACGGAGGCGUGCUGGAGCUGGAGCUCACCGAGAGGAGCUUCAAAAUCUACCACGAGUGUUUCGGCAAGUGUAAGGGCUUGUUCGUACCGGAGCUGUACACGACCCCCAACGCAGCGUGCAUCCAGUGCAUGGACUGCAGACUCAUGUACCCGACGCACAAGUUCGUGGUGCACAGCCACAAGGCGCAGGAGAACAGGACUUGCCACUGGGGCUUCGACUCGGCCAACUGGAGGGCGUACAUCCUCCUCGGCCAGGAUUACACGGGGAAAGAGGAGAAGGCCCGCCUGGAGCAGCUCCUGGACGAGAUCAAGGAGAAGUUUGACUUCGCCAACAAGUACAAGAGGAAAGCUUCGUCCAGGGUGUCUGAUCCCAUCCCGAUCAAAAAGUCCAAGUAUGAAGACUUCCCGUUGCAGUCUCCGCUCUGCGACAAAGAGAAGCAGCAUGACUGGCUCCAGUCCCUCGCCGCCUCCAAUAAGGGGCUUAACUGCAUCCAGCCGAGGCAGAGGCCCUCAGCUUUCAGACCCUGGUCCCCCCACAUCUCCGCUGGUGAAAAGGAGAUCUCCAGUCACCCCCUGGCCCUUCUGAGAGACAGCUUCUACAACUACAAGAGUCUGGAGAAGGCCGUGGCCCCCAACGUGGCCCUCACACCGCUGCCCCUGGGGAAGGUGGGUCCCAUGUCCCCCUCUGUACCCAGCACCUCACACCCGAGUGGAGGCGAACCCCCAGGUGAGGGGGCCCACUCCACCUCCAAGCCCCGCAAGAGGAGAGCCACAGAGGAGCUCCCAGCACCAGAGGCCCCCUGCCCUCCUCCUCCAUCAGCUGCCAGCAAGCCGCCGCCGCCGCCACCGCCGCCACCACCUCAGGAAGACAAAGACUCUGAGGUGGAGAUCGAGGUGGAGAGUCGAGAUGAGUUCACCUCGUCCCUGUCCUCGCUGUCGUCUCCGUCCUUCACCUCGUCCAGCAGCUCGGCGAAAGACCUGAGCUCGCCGGUCGCCCUGGGCCUCGUCUGCACCGCCACGUCAGCAGAAGGCACGCCCCCCGCAGCCGCGCCCGUCGCAGCCCCCGCCACCCCUCCAGAGCCGGGGCUCGAGUCGGAGCUGGAGAGUCUGCGGCAGGCGCUGGACAGUGGACUGGACUCCAAAGAGUCCAAGGAGAAGUUCCUGCACGAGAUCGUGAAGAUGAGGGUGAAGCAGGAGGAGAAGCUGGGAUCAGCGCUGCAGGCCAAACGCAGCCUCCAGCAGGAGUUGGAGUUCUUACGGGUCGCCAAGAAGGAGAAGCUGCGGGAGGCGACCGAGGCGAAACGAAAUCUGAGGAAGGAAAUUGAGCGUCUGCGAGCCGAGAGCGAGAAGAAGAUGAAGGAGGCCAACGAGUCGCGGAUCCGUCUGAAGCGGGAGCUGGAGCAGGCCCGGCAGCUGAGGGUCUGCGAUAAAGGCUGCGAGGCCGGACGUCUUCGUGCAAAGUACUCUGCACAGAUUGAGGACCUCCAGAUGAAGCUGCAGCACGCCGAAGCCGACCGCGAGCAGCUUCGAGCGGACCUGCUGCAGGAGCGGGAGGCCAGGGAGCACCUGGAGAGGGUGGUGAAGGAGCUGCAGCACCAACUGUGGCCCAAAUCCAACAGCGACAUGGAGGGGGCGCCCAACGAGACCACAGCUGACAACUAACCCAGCAGCCAAACUCACGGCCCAACCAUUCCCCCCCUCCCCCCCCCCCAAUCGCCAUGAUCACCCAACAUCUUCCACCAAACCCGGACCAUAAACACACCCAGGAGUCCAGGGCCGGCCGCAUCGUAAGACCAUCACAGAAACUCGAGGACUCGUCCUCAGGCCAGGGACACGAGGACCUGUGUCCUCAUUCAUGCCCAUGAAACAAGGAAACACUCGCACCUUCUGAACUCGCAGAACUGAAAACUGGAUUCAGAGAAUGAAGAGAGACAGAUCCAUAACAGCAGAUGUGUUAUGGGAGAGUUUAACGGACUUCUGUGGUAAUAAGUGCAGAAGAAGACGGUGUGAGCGUGAGGAAUGUGGAGUCGUUACUGCGAUGUGGCCCGGAGAGCAGGAGUCAAAUCGAACCGCCGCCCCCCCCACCCCCGUCCAUUGCCAUGACGACGAUGGAGGAACACUUUAUAAGCUAUUUAAGGGACUACAUAGCGACAUGUAAAGACAAAAAAAAGACAGUUUCUUUGUUUCUCUGUGCUUUUGGAGUUUGAAAAAUAUAAAAAAAUAAAUAAAUCAGAAGAUGAACAAAACAAGCGAAUGAACCCUCCACAGUGCCACCGUGGUUUUGUCGGUUUUUCAGGAAGCCAUAGCGGUCCGCCGAGGGGGGGGGGGGGAAAGCAUCGAGUCCGAAGGUCAGGCGACCCCGUCUUUUCCUCCCAUUGUUGUUUUAUAAAAUCAUUUCUGUCUCAUUUCUCCGAGCAGCGGGUGAACUGGCCUCGGGCUCGAUCUUUCUCUCCUCUUGGACCCCGGAGCGGGAUUGGUAAAUCACAUCCUGCGGGGGCUGCAGUUUGAAGAGAGAGCACUUUGUUUGGGUCGAUCACCAACAGUCGCCGUCUCACCCGCUCGGUUUGCAUUGUUAAGCAUUUGGGUCAAACCCUGAAGUCUUUAUCUUGUGAAGAUACGAUUCUCCAGAUGUGAGUGUGAGCGAUGAAACCGACACGUUUUUUUUUUUACUCCAUGAAAAACAUCUGAUGUGAGACCACAGUGGGCUGGACGGGACCCUCCCCCCCUCCCCCUCUUUGGCAAGAACCACAAAAUGUUCAUUUGAAUUAAAUUAAGGUGUGUAAAUAUAAAUAUAUGUUGUUGUUUUUUAACUUUACAAUAAUGAAUCGCACUUUGUCAUAACAAGAUACUGUUAUAAAGCAUUGUACUCCACUAUCGUCUUCAGUUUACUUUGAAAACAGCGUUCUGCUCGACAGCGCCCGCAGAAAGUGUUGUUCUGUUCUCAUACGGGAAAGUGUAAAUAAACGGAGAGAGAGAAUUUAAAAAAAAAAAGGCUCCAUGUGUUGUCUGCGGACGUUCGGAGCUGCGACUCGUCUCUGUUGUAAGAUAACGGACACGUGAAGCGUGAACUUACAGCGACGCGUCGGAAAGAAUAAAAUGGGAUUUUAUUCCAGCGGCGGCGGACUCGGCGUGAACCCGCCGCCGCCGCCACAUAGUGGGUACAAUGCAAUCAGAAUGUACAUUGUGUUAAUGCUAUUUUUCCUUUGGUUGUUGAUGUUGUUUUGAAACGUGGAGAUCUUUGAUUGCUCGUCUGUUCUGUUCCCUCCCUUCAGUAGAAACUCAUCUUUACUUUCUGCAUGAGAUGUGCGAGCGCUCGCCGUCAUAUAGUCACUUAUCGGGCAUUGAUACUGUACGUGUAAGGCUUUGAUUGUGUUCUACGAUAUCGAGCAGUUUGUCUUAUUUAGAACAAGUUAUGAACACAGCGUUUUAUCCUUCUUCAGAAAAAAAAAAACUUCACACACACAAAAAAAAAGAUGAAUGCAAUGCUGGACAACCUCAAGUGCCUGGACGAGGGCGAAAGGUUUCCAGAGAAGGAGAAGUGACGAGGACGCCGUCGGGGGCGGAGCCUCUCAUCAACCUUCUGUUUGCAGGGUUUUUUUUAAAAUUCCAAGCCCCCCAGCCCCCCCCCCCCCCCCUCGCUCGCUCCGUCGCUCGCUCGCUCAGCAGCUCUUUUUAUCAGUAUUCCUCAAACAUAAAAAAAAAGAUGAACCAGUUUACAAACUCUUCUUUUUCGAUGCAGAGAACAAUUGAACAAACGCUCGGCGCUUCAGGCUUUUCUUUUUUUUUUUCUGAAUGAGUGAUUUUUUUUUUGUGUGUCUUCAUUUGAAAUCGAUGAUAUGCAUGUUCAAAACAUUUUUAUAGAAGACCUCGAGAAGCCGCUUGCUUUUGGUGAAUUGUUACUUUGGGUUGUGUAUAUAAAGAUUUAACUGUUUCACUCCCAGCGGCGUGUCGGGCGGCGGCGGCGUGCCCCGAGGCGGUCAGACUCGACGGCAUUACGUGACGAGCGGCCCUUUUCUUAUCCAACGUGACUCUGAGAGCUACGCUGCGACUUUGGCAGACUUUCAAUUGGUACAUUUUGUAAUUGUUUUUACACUCUGAGGAGGCGUGUAGUUUACUUUCCUCAUGGUUUUCUACAAAAAACAACGGGAGGCGAUACCGACAUUGGCUCUUCACGCUCCCGCCGACGAAGCGAAGAUAAAAAAAAAAGUCUUGUUUUCUAAAGGAGAAUCAUUUUGCUAAAAAAGAAAAAAAAUGGACGCACGAGCAGCAAUAAGAGUCCAACCGAAUCGACAAAUACUCGCCAGUGUGAAGGUUUGAAUCUGAAUUUACAAAUGUAAAUAUGUUUUUCAUUUACGAUAUUGUAUAAUAUAUGUACAUGGUGUUUCCUUUUUCAAAAACAAACCUUUUCUUACAAUGGCUGUCUUGUUUUUUUGUUUUUUUGAAUUUGUGUUUUAACGUUGCAGAAACAGUUCAUGCAGUGCGUAAGAGAAUAUUCCCUACAUAAACAUGUUAAUCCUUUUUUUUUUUUUUUUUUUUUACUGUAGAGUCUUUAUAUCGAUGACUUUUUUCACCAGUUCAUAUAUAUUUUUAACAGUAUGUUCAGUAUCAUAGCAGUCAGGGGGGGGUCACACGCCGGUGACUCGGCCAUGUUGCAGAUUGUCCCCCCCCCCUCCUCCUCAUCCUCGUGUAUCUUCUUUAGCCCUGUGCUGCUGCUAAUACUCGAUAAACCUUACACUUCUAGAAAUAUUUUUAUGUAAGAGGUUAAUGUAAGCUUUCCCAUUUAUUAACGCCACAUAUACAGUGUGAGAAAUGAGCUCGGCUUGUUCAUCUAUCUCCCUUGUUUCCCUCAUCGUUUCACGCCUUUUUCCUCAUUCCCCCCCAUCCUCCCGUCCAACAAUGCCCCCCUCCCCCCCUCACCCCCCCUUCUCUCACGACACGGACUAUAUUGUAAAGUAAAGGACUUUAUGAGAUUAUGUUUGAAAAUAGCUAUGCUUAUAUACUACAGUGACUGAAUGUACAGUGUAUAGAUGCAUUACCAGAAAUAAAGUUGUUUGUCCAGAUUGAA